AUGGGAGCACAGCCUUCCUGCCCUCUGAGCAAGAAGCAGCAGCAGCAGCUUCGGGGUCAGGUGGAUGGCCUGCUGAGGACCUUCCUGCCCUGCUACCGCAGGCAGCUGGCCACAGCUGUACUCAGGCACAUCUCCCAAGAGCUGGGACCUCAGGAGCCAGCCGCAUGCCAGCUGUCUCACACCAAAUGCAGGGACAUUGGAGCGUCCUGCAGCUGGCACAGGAGGGGAGGAGUCUGGAGAGGUCGAUGGAGGAGGCUCUCAGGUAACCUGAAGCUGCCUCGAGUCAGGGAGCACCAAGGACCCUUGACCCUACUGCACGGCCAGCCGCCACAGUGGCGGCCCAUCUUCUGUGUUCUGCGUGGAGAUGGACAUCUAGAAUGGUUCAGUCACAAGGAGAACUAUGAGUCUGGGGGCCGUCCGCUAGGCUCCGCAGCUCUGACCGGGUAUACACUGCUCACAUCCCAGCGUGAAUACCUCUGCCUUUUGGAUGACCUCUGCCCCAGCUCCUCUGGAGACCUUGCCCAGGAGGAGCCGCUGCGGGUGUUGGAGGAGCCAGUGAGCUUCGCGCUCUUCCUCGUGCACCCCUUCCGGGCUCACCUCUGCUUCUGCGCUGGCUCUAGAGGGGCGCAGCGCGCCUGGAGACUAGGCCUGCAGGGUGCCAUUCGGUUGAGAGCCACCGUCCUGCAGCGCAGCCGGGCGCCCGCAGCCUGCGCCUUCCUGGACGCCGUGCGGCUCUAUCGACGACGCCGGGGCUACGCUGGUGGAGACGACGCGGCACUGGGCUCCGACGCGGAGGUGCUGAGCGCCGAGUUGAUGCGAGAGCUAUUGCCCGCGCUGCGAGCACAGACGCUCCGAGGCCUGCGCGGUGUGGGACGCGCCCGAGCCCGGGCCUGCGCGGAGUUCCUCGACGCCGUGCACGCGGCCGUCCUGUCCUGGGCAUCCUCGAGGCUGCGUGCCUUCCAGCCAGAAAAGGACGCACUGCUGGCGGCGCUGGAGAGGAUGGUGCGUGCAGACCUUGAGCAGAUCCUGCAGCAGCGUGCACUCGGAGCCCGCAGAAUAGAAGCCGAGAUCCGAGACACACUAGAGACAUGCCUGUGCCAGAAGGUGGACCCGCAACUGCCCCAGCUGACCCUGGUGCUGGUGAGCCUCGUGGAAGCCACGCUCCAAGCUGUUCGGACCCUUCUCAUCCGGGGGAUGGACCGUCUGUGUCACUACCUUCGCAAGAGCCCUUCUGGCACUCAGCUGCGCAGGGAGGUUUAUGAAUUUGGGGAGAUACCCUGGGACCCAGAGCUGAUGCAGGCCUGCUAUCGGGAGGCAGAGAGGAACCACAAUCAUCUGACCCAGCUGGCAAAACCCUUUGGCUUCCUGGGGAUGCGGAGCCUGGUGUUUGGGGCUCAAGACCUUGCACAACAGCUCAUGGCGGCUGCAGUUACCACCUUUCUACAGCUGGCCGACCAGUGUCUGACGUCGGCUCUGGACUGCAGCCAGGCAGCUGAGCAGCUGGAGAAAGUCAGGGGCCUUGUGCUGAAGAAGUUCACCUCGGACAGUGAAACCACUCGAUGGAGGUUCACCCGGGACUGGCUGUUGGGGAUCUUCUGGCCCUUUGUAUGGGGCCAUCUUGGGAUGAGAUGUAACUUGGAAACACCUGAGGCGGAUGGGGACAUCCUGGCCGUGGGCUGCCAGGUUCUGACCACCGAGGGUGUCUACAGGGAUGUCAUCCAGGGCCUCUUGCUGCAGAGGAUUGACAGAGAGUUGGAAAAGGUUCUUGGUGCCAGUGACAGAGCCCGUGCCCCAGCUGACUGCUCAGUAGCCCAGUGGGACCAGGAAGGAGCAGGUGAGCACCUCACAGGUUCCGGGUUGUGACAAGGAAUGGCUGUGGUUAUGCAGGGUGCUUAAGAGUAUGGCAAGGGUGGAGUGGAUGGAAAAGAACAGACUUUAUCUCCUAUCAUGGCUGGGCUGGCCAGCAUCAUGGUGAACAGGCAGAGAAGCCACAGGCUCUGACACACACAUUGGUGGAGAUGGUGUUAGGUUUAGGCCCCAGUUUCUGCAGCCUAGACACAGUGUGGUGGAUGUCUUGGCUAUUACUUUCUGCUAACAAUACUGGGAGGGGGAUAGUGAUGGUGGCUUGCUGUCAGCAAAGGCACUCGGAGGCAAGAUAACUUGGGCUCACUUGUUACACAGCCAUUGCUGACUCAGACACUCUGACCUUGCUGUGGACCUAGUCAGUAUUCACAUGAAGUCACAUGAGGGGAAGGAGUCAUCGAAAGACC